UCCAUGGUCAGCUAAUUCAACUACACAGGUCAAGCAAAGAAUUGUACAAACUGCUUCAAGAAACCAAAGCAGGUGUCUUGUUUCAACUAGGAAUGGUCAUGAAUGGAUCACAAAUGCCAAAAGAGGAACUUGUGUCUAAUGGAGAUCUUUCAUCUGUUUCUAAAAAUUACCUUGAUGCAGUAGCUCCAAUAGAUUUAACAGGUCUUGAGGAAAGUAUAAGCGUGCAUGUUGGUGAAGGAUUCAGCAGCUGUGAUCCUCAGCUUAAUGUAUCCCGGAGGAAUAUUUCCCAGUUAAAUGGUCCUUGUGGUGAGAGCAUCACAUCAAAAUGUGAAUUGUACAAAUUGCAAGAGGAAGAACUACCUAUGAAACUCUCCAAUGGUGGUCGCCCUUUUACCAAUAGUCAGCCUUUAGGAGUUGAUGAGCCUUUAGAAAUUGUAUCAUCAAACGUAUACAGUAGCCCCCAAUUCACGAAGGUAGAAGAUAAGUUCACACAACUACAGGUUUGGAAAGAAGAUCCACAUAUCUUCACCAGCAAAUGUGAGUCAUCAAAUUGCAAGCAAAUAUACGUGGCUCAGUCAGAAUGGGAAGUUUGGGACACUUUUGAAUUUACUUCAUCAGGCAGCAAUACAACUGGUUUUGAAGACUCUGAAGAAGGAAGGACUUGUGGUGUGCAAAUUCUGGUCUCAACUUUGGAUGCCACUUCCUCUCAAGAACUUUUGAGUAAGGAUGAUACUUCACAGCAGUCAAAUUCAUUUGACCAAAUAUCAACGUCAAGAAACUAUGUAUUGUCUUCUCAGCAAUAUGUGAGUCCUUAUAGUAGCUUGGAACCACUAACUGACAGUCAGCUUCCAUAUUCACAUGUUGAAAGUGAUACAGAAUUACCAAUAACUAGAAACAUUCAAGAGUUCCAAUAUUGCCGAUGGCAGGAGAUAGAGAUAAGGGUCAGUUAUGUCAUUGACCCUCAUUAUUUUUAUAUACAGCACUCUGGUCAGGAGCUACCAGAAUUGAUGAGGGAAUUAAACAUUGAGUGUUCCAAGAGUUCUGCUACAAUCGGCUGCAUCCCCUUGAUAAGUUCCUAUGUAUGUGCAUGGCUCCCCGAAAACAAACAGUGGUACAGAGCUUGUGUUAUCAGGAUUGUGGGAUCUGAAGCAACAGUCGCACAUGAUGACCAUCAGCACAUUUUAGUGGAAGUUCUAUGUGUAGAUUAUGGAUUCUCUGCUUCCCUUUCAAUCAGCCAUUUAAAAAUUUUACCUCCGACAUUUUAUGCCCUUCCUCAACAAGCUUUGCGUGUGUCUUUAGCAAAUAUAUUUCCAGUAUGUGGUCCCACCUGGUCCAGAUCAGAGAUCAGCUGGUUCAAGAAGUUUGUGAAAAACAAAACAUUCUUUGCAAGACUUUACCAAAAGUUGAACGUCAUGACAGUGGUGCUCUUCAGUGAAAGGGGGAAAAUGGGGAUCAUGAGAAGAGGGUCUGGACUUUCCCAAAAGAUGGCAGCAGCUGGCCUUGCAAGAUACUCGGAAAGUAAUUGCACUUCACCAAAAGUUGGACCAAGUAUUCCUCUACACUGGAAACAAUGCCUUAUAAAAUUACUGUCAGGAGCAACUAAUUUGAAGAAGCAAUCAGACGGAGCAUUGUUGAGCAUUGGUUCGCCCAAAGGGAACGUCUAUAAAAAGAUCUAAGCAGAAAGGCAAAGGAGCCGGACUGUCGAAUCUUUCUUUGAUCCAAACCUAAAAUUUAAUUUAAUCUGGUAACAUGCUGUUUAAAUGGAUUCAUGUGUAACUGCGUGUGCAUUAUUGGAAUGUACUUUGUUCAUCCAUGUACUAAAAUAUAUUAUAAAGGAACUUAUUUGAAGCACUCUAACCAAAGGAUACUGGAAUUUUGUUGUUUUGGGUCACUUGAUGCCAUAAAUUAUUUUGAUGUAAACUGUAAAUACAGGUCAUCCCUGGGUUUUGAAAGGGUGCAGUUUUUACAGACAUCUGUAAGUUGAAUUUGUCUACAAGUCGGAAUAUACGUUUGUACAUACACAAAAUCACCUGAUAUAGUAACCAUAUCUCCACGGUACUGCGGUAGGUGCAUCUGGUUCUAGAGAUGCUGCUGAGGUAGCUGCAACUGGUUCUAGAGACGCUGCUGAGGUAGAUA